CUAUGAUAUUUCUUUCGAUUAUCGUGAUUCUUUGUUUUUGAAUCUGCUUUCACAUUUGGAAAAUAUUUAAAUUUUUAAAGAAGUUAAUUGAAGUAAAGUAAAUUUAGGCCUAACGUUAACUGUUUAGUUCUAAAGAAGCAUGGAAAAGAACAGAAUUGACAAGUCCAGUGACAAUAAACAGGUUGCAGCGCUGGCUGAAGCUCACUGUCUCCAGGUUCUGUGCUCGCACCCGUGCUGCUGGGACGCGGAAAACCGCUGCGCCAAAGGAAUCAUACGUCAUACACCAGCAGCACCAGUAAAGAGAUGCUCUCUUAGAGAAGUGGAGCUGCCAUCUUUGAGUAUUGUCAAUGUCUCUGAAUGGGUCGGACAGAGGAGACCACAGUAUAGAGCUGAUACAGAGACAUCUCUAAAUGAUUUCCCUUGUGUUUCAUUUACCAAACAGAAAAUGGACAGUGACAUGAGGGCAGAUUUAUGUUUCCUGAGAUCCAGCGUGUCGUUUCCAGGCAUAUCCACCAAUCAAGCAAACACAGUGGUCAAGUUAAAUACUGUAUUGAUUGACUGCUCUGAGAUGCCAAGAUGUCCUGUGCUCAUGUGGAAUCCAAACCCACACCAUGUGCCUCAAUGGCUCAACCAAAACAAAUUUAAAUCUCCAAACGUUGCAAUAAAAGAAUUAAUCUGCCCUACAUUUUCAACACCAUCCAAUGGGACGGGUGAAGGAAGCAUUAACUGGCAGGUUCAGAGGAGGCAGAUAAACCUGCGGAAAAAGGUUCAUUAUUGUAAAUGGCAAGACAAGAGAGGUAGAAACUCUACACUAGAGGGCGCUGGCACUCCUCAGACAGCCAAAGACCAUUGGGUGGGCAUUGGAUUUAAUCCCAUUCCCAAAAUCAAUUCACAACCUCUUCCGCGCAGAUUAUUGUUUAAAGAUACUGGGUGUGGAUCAUUGGAUCAGAAACUGCCAAGCCUAACCACACCAAAUCCAAACCACAGCAAUAGUCCCAGUCCAGCCCUAAGCCUGAGUUUAGAAUCAAUGAAGUGCUAGAGCCAUUUUAAAGGGUGCAUAUUAUGCAAAUUCCACUUUUACAAGGCGUUUGGACAUAAAUGUGUGUUGGCAGUUUGUGAAAAAUCCACCCUACCAAUUUUUUUUAAAUUCAUUAAGCCAAAGCAGUCUCAUUAGACAUGCUGUUUUGAUUCUCUUGUUAAUGUGAUGUCACACUGAUAAAGCCCCACCCACGGCCACUGAAUGACUGGUUAAUUUAACCCAAAAGCUUUACUAAAUGUGUUUAUAAGCACACUAAGGGGGUGUGCACACCAAAGCUUUAAACGCAGCUGAAAACGCCUGGAGGACUCCGAAUGCCAGCUGUUUCUUCAGCUGAGCGCAUUGGUUGCUGUGAUACUUCUACUUUGUGUAUCAGUCGUUCUACGAUGCACCGGUUGGUUGUUGUGAUAUUUGUCCCGCCCCUCCUCCACUGUAAUUGGACGUCUGUGUGAGAGCUGACAUUGACGAGCUGAGCUUUUCACCAAAAUUGAAUAUUUUUCAACUUUCGGCGCUGAGCGUGGAAAAACCGGAGAGCACCGGCUUUCAAAAAUUGCUAGCUUUUUUGAAAAACGCUGAGCUUCCAUUGGAAACAAUUGAAAACAUAUGCCGGCUGCGGGCGUAAAAGCUUUGGUUUGCACGCAACUUAAUGCAUCUAAAGAUACUGUCUCAUACUAUCUUUAAAGAAAUCAGAUCUAUUUUACCCGAAAGCGCUCACUGUCUCUUUUGGUUAGGUAGUGAGGAGCUGUAGCUCAUUUGCAUUUAAAGGUACACACACGAAAACAGCACAUUUUGCUCCCACCUAAAUAGGGGCAUUUUGGACAUGCUAUAUUAAAUGAUCUGUGGGUUAUUUUGAACUAAAACUUCACAGACAUAUUCCAGGCACACCUGAGACUUAUAUUACAUCUUGUAAAAAUAGGAAUAAUAUGUCCCCUUUAAAGUGAUUUUACAAAGCAAAGGACUUGUAUCAGAUACAAGUCAGAUAUUAUCUGGAUCAGAUAAUAAAUGAAAAGCCAUUAAAAGUAAAAUUAAAAAUGUAAUAAAAAGUGAAAUUUAAAAAAUGAUGAAUAAAAUGACAACUGAUAAAUGAAAUCAUGAGAAUGAGAGAAGGAUGUACAGCACUGUAAAUGUUUUUAUUUACAACAUUUUCAGCAAUAAGAAAGAAUAAAUGACAAUCUGUUGUGAA